CUCUGAAAUUUAGUAUAAAAGCACAAUCUCAGUCGAAUAGUACAUCAAAAAGUAUCUCUGACUCCUGUAGUGAAUCUCUCUUGUGAAAAUUUAUCUCUUCUCUUAAUUUGAAGCUCUAAAAAUGGCAAAAUUCAUGUUUGUAGCUGUUUUUGCUGCCCUCGUGGCUAUCUCAGUUGCUGUCCCUAGGCCUGAUAACUAUGGAGCAUCCGGUGGUAUCCAUGGUGGUGGUCAUGGUGGAGUUCAUGGUGGUGGUAGCCAUGGUCUUCGUGCACCAGUAGUACGGCAUGAACAUGGAGGAGUUCAUGCACCUGCGGAAUCCCGUUCAUUAGGACAUGGUGGAAAUGUUAGAGAUCAUAAAAACUGGCGCAGUGGUCAUGGAGGUGGACAUGAUGGACAUGGUGGACACGGUGGAUAUGACAGAGGUACAAUUAAGGAUUUUCCAAAAGAAAUAUUCAUUGUGAAAAGUCUAAUUCUUCUCUUGUUUUUAGGACACAACACGCGUUACUAAACCUCAAACAGCAAUCUCUACAACAGCCAGUCUAGAAGAGAAUCUUCUAUGUUCUUUGCAAAAAAAGGUCGCACUUACAACAAAAAAAAAACAAACAAAACAAC